GGAGGGGCGGUGAAGUCACCUGCGAGCGAGCGGCUGCGCCCGUCGCGGCCGGAUCGCGCCGGCCUCGCGGGGCCCCACACACCCUGCGAGGCUGGGGCCGGGGACCAGGCGGGGUCCGCGGCCGGAGUCGCCGACGAGGAGGAGUCGCAGCCUCGGCGCCGCCGCCCGCGCCGGGCCGGGUUAUUAGCAAAAAAUGGUGGAUCGCCUGGCAAACAGUGAAGCAAAUACUAGACGGAUAAGUAUCGUGGAGAACUGUUUCGGAGCAGCUGGUCAGCCCUUAACUAUUCCUGGACGGGUGCUCAUUGGCGAAGGAGUACUGACUAAGCUGUGCAGGAAGAAGCCUAAAGCGAGGCAGUUUUUCCUGUUUAAUGACAUUCUUGUGUACGGCAACAUUGUCAUCCAGAAGAAAAAAUACAACAAGCAACACAUUAUCCCCUUGGAAAAUGUCACCAUUGAUUCCAUCAAAGAUGAAGGAGAAUUACGGAAUGGAUGGCUUAUUAAGACACCAACUAAAUCAUUUGCAGUUUACGCUGCCACUGCCACCGAGAAGUCCGAGUGGAUGAACCACAUAAACAAGUGUGUCACUGAUUUACUCUCCAAAAGCGGGAAGACGCCCAGCAGUGAACAUGCUGCUGUCUGGGUUCCUGACUCUGAGGCCACCGUGUGUAUGCGCUGUCAGAAAGCAAAAUUCACACCCGUGAAUCGGCGGCACCAUUGCCGCAAAUGUGGCUUUGUUGUUUGUGGUCCCUGCUCUGAAAAGAGAUUUCUUCUCCCCAGCCAGUCUUCUAAGCCCGUGCGGAUAUGUGACUUCUGCUAUGACCUGCUUUCCACUGGGGACUUGGCUGCGUGCCAGCCAACUAGAUCAGACUCUUACAGUCAGUCGUUGAAACCGCCUUUAAAUGACGUAUCUGAUGAUGACGACGACGAUGAUAGCAGUGACUAAGGACACGUCGUGAAGUAUUUAACUGGGUGCAGCUACCUGAGAAUCAGCUUUGGGGAAAUGUAAAAGUCCUAGCGCCCUCAGUUUUGCUCUCGCCAUGACUUGGCCUGAGAAGGUCUUGACCUUGGUGCCUCUGUAGCCUGUAGAAAGUAGCCCCUUCUCUGCUCCUCUCCGCACUCUCACAGGGACAGACUGUUGCACAUAUAGCUGAUACAGUCUUGGCUUCUGUUC